AGACUGCGCUAAAAUAGAGAUCAAAGGUCACAAAAAUGGCGCUGGCCGCGCGUCGGCUUCCUCUCUUGCUGCUCUACGGGCCGCUGCGCGGCGGGGCCGCACGACCCCGGACGCCCGGGCCUGUGGAGGCCGGAACGCCUCCGAGCGGACUGUGCCGCGUCUGCCGGCGCCUCCUGGGCUGGGCCGUCGCCCCGCUGUCUCGAAACCCCGCCCGGCCGGUCCCGGGACCCCGGCGCCCGCUGCUCCCCGCCGCUCUCUCGCGCUGCCCCGCGCGGCCCCUGCGCUGCCACAGCACCGACGAGCAGCCUCAGCCUCGUCAGAAAACCAAGAUGAUCGUCCUGGGCUUCUCUAACCCCGUCACCUGGGUCCGAACGCGCGUCUACGCCUUCCUGAUCUGGGCCUACUUCGACCCCGAGUUCAGCAUCGCGGAGUUCGUGGAGGGAGCGAAGCAGGCUUUUUCUCAUGUGUCCCAGCUGUUGUCACAGUGUGAAUUUGAUCUACUGGAAGAAUUGGUGGCCAAAGAGGUACUCUAUGUAUUGAAAGAGAAAGUCACGUCACUGCCAGACAGCCAUAAAAGUGCACUCGCUGCUGACAUAGAUGAGAUUGUGUACACGUCCACGGGUGACAUCUCUAUUUACUAUGACGAGAAAGGAAGGAAGUUUGUUAACAUCCUGAUGUGCUUUUGGUAUCUAACCAGUGCCAACAUCCCCAGUGAAACUAUAAGUGGAGCCAGUGUGUUCCAGGUUAAGUUGGGGGAUCAGAAUGUGGAAACUAAACAGCUUCUUAGUGCAAGCUAUGAGUUUCAGAGGGAAUUUACUAAAGGAGUAAAACCUGAAUGGACGAUUGCACGAAUUGAACACUCAAAGUUACUGGAAUAAUCCCUACUGCAAAGGAUCCUGCUUAUUGGAAUGUUAGCAACUGCUAUGAGAAGCUAAGAAAAAACAUUUUUGCAUCAGUUGACCUUCACUUAGACAAGGCUGUGGGGUUACUUUUGUAUUGUUUUGAAAGUCUUCCCGUAGUAUGUUGGCAUGGUAAAAUAAAACAUUUUCCAUAGAUUA